UCGGCGCGGUCACACUGCAUAUCAACUGCUCUUUCCGGUUUAGGAUUUUGACCAGCGUGCUUGUUCUCGUCCCGAGCUAAGGCCAUUUGUUAUAAACAAUUAAUUUUUGGCAACUUGCACAAUCAGUGAUUAGCCACAGCACUUCGACAUGUCCACCAAAGCCGAGCUCGCCUGCGUUUACGCCUCCCUUAUCCUUGUCGAUGACGAUGUCGCCGUCACCGGUGAGAAGAUCAACACCAUCCUGAAGGCCGCCAACGUCGAGGUGGAGCCCUACUGGCCCGGUCUCUUCGCCAAGGCCCUGGAGGGCAUCAACGUCAAGGACCUGAUCACCAACAUCGGAUCCGGAGUUGGUGCCGCCCCUGCCGGUGGUGCUGCUCCCGCUGCCGCCGCCGCUGCUCCAGCCGCCGAGUCCAAGAAGGAAGAGAAGAAGAAGGAGGAGGAGUCCGACCAGUCUGACGACGACAUGGGCUUUGGUCUGUUUGACUAAAUCCUCUAGAGAACUUCUCGACAACCGGACAUCCGUUGUGUUUGUGCUGUAAUCCUCGAGAGGUAGACGUGUGCCGUGUUUCCCGAACUGCGUUACACUUUUUAAUGUACAAAUUCGGGGAAAUAUAGAAGACGUUUCCUAAAAAACUA